UAUAAUUCUUACAGCAAUGGUUUGGAAUGGUUAUUAUGAUUAUCAUCCAUUUUACAGAUGGCGAAACCCAGAAAGAUUUGGUAAUGUGACCAAGGUUAAACAAAUGCUAAGUGAUAGAAAGAAGUCAGGGUUUAAAUGCGGGUCUGACUGACUGACUCACUCCAGCAUUUAAACCUGUUCCUAUUGCCUCAUUCAAUCCCUUUUGCUCUGGGAGUCCUGCUUCCUGAACAGAUGUUCCAAUUUCCUGCAUACAUUCCUUUACCCUGACCAACCUCAGUACACAAGCUACCAGAACCUGUCCAGGGUUCUCUGUGACACGUUUGCAGGGUGGAGAACAGGGGCAGGCUGGGAAACUUCCCUAUAUGCAAAUAGCUUGUCAUUCCGAUUUGGGGAAAGGCUCACAUCGGAUUUUGGCGUCUUCUAAAGUAUUGCAGAGCUACUGUACCAGCUCACUUGCCUGGGAGGGGCAGGCUAAACAUUUUAGGUUCCCCGAAGACAAUCACACAUACACACAAAAUUCAUUUAAUAACUCCAAGUCCAGAACACUUCCAUCUUCAUCUGCCCAAACAAAAUACACGAAUAGAGGUCAGGCAGAAGGACUCAGAGCAUUUUGGGGUAAAACGUCUAUGGCUAGAACCUGUUCCUUGCCCCUUCUGGUGGGUGGGGGGUCAUAGUUGAACUCUAACCACCUCAUUAUCCAUUCCCAUUUGUAGGUAGAUAUGGGUAAAGGUCAAGUUUCCCUCCCAACCCCCCAGCUCUCUCCCCUCCACACACUGGCUGCUGACGUCCCAGCCAGCCAGGACCUAGGGACUUCUGCACUCAGACCACUGGAAAGAAACCGCAGCCUCUGAGUUGACUUUGCUCUUUUGCAAAUCCCUAAACCUCACCCUACUUUUAAUGAGAGAUCCAGGAGUUCUUUGCCUCUGUGACCUUAUACUCAGAAAGGGUCCCUCCACUUAACAACUUCUCCCAGAGCUUAUCCAAAGACUACUAGGCCUUUGCCCUGGCCCAUGUUAGACAGCUAUAAGGAGCAGCACAAUCCCAGUCAAAUGAUCCAGUCCCUCUGGGUCAAUGAAUGUGUCUAUUUUGCCUGAUUCCUCAGAAGCCUCGAGGGUGCUUGAACCCACGCAGAGAGUUUCAACAGGUGGGUCAGCAGUAAUACGCCCUGCCCCUGCAGUUCCUCCACCUCCAGCCCUGUGAGAAAUUCAGUGGUGUUUUGUUCGGGAUCCUGGCAACCUGCCUUGAGCCCUGGGUGUCCCCUCCUCUAGGAAUGAUGCUUUCUUCAGCAUUCCUGUGACAGUCUCUGCAGGCAGACAAUGGCAGCUUCUGGUAACUUCCUCUCCCUGGAGAGCCGCUUCAGGUAUAAGUGGAUCAAGGGGAAUUGCUGAAAUGACUCAGGCCAUUCACCCCUGGUAUUUCCUCCAGGAGCUGAGAUAAGUCUCCUGAAUGUCAAAGAUCUGGGCCGCAGUCAAACUUCUGAAGGGCUAGGUGGCUGGUCACCUUCCCGGUCUCCAUUUUCACCCUCCCAGUAAAGGGUAUGAAACAUCCUCUUAACCUCCUGGUCUCCCUGACAGUAAUGUCCUUUAUCACCUUCCAAACUUCUUUGGCAGAGGCUUUAAACUGGGGCAGGCAGGGCUACUGCAGCAGCAAUGGGUUCUGUCAUGCCCUGCCUUGCUCCAGCCAAAGCUAGCCGGGGGCCUCCCUCUGACAUACGUCUGGGGGAUAUGUCCUGCUCCGGAUGCAGUUUCCAUCAUCUCCACCCUCUUCCAGGGGGCAUGACUCUCUCUCUCCCUUCUUUGUAUUCAUAAAAGGCUACUCCCUGAUCCUCCCUUGGCUAACCCAUUUCCAUAGAAACUAAGAGACCUGAGUUUGAAUAUCAACUACCACUUACUAGCUAUGUGUCCAUUCAUUACUUAUUGUCUUAAGGCCAGUUUCCACAUCUAUAAAUAGGAGAUGUUGACCUCAUAACAUUGUUGCAAGAUGAACAAGAUAAUAUCUGUAAAGCAAUGCAGUAACUGAAAUAGUCACUGAUCCUGGAACAAAGUGAAUGUUCAAUUCAUAGUGGCUAUCACUAGUUUCUAUGACAACUGUCUCCAGGCCCAAUCUUUGGUCCUUAAUCUGCUUGCCAGAAUUCAUCCUGGAAGUUGCAGGUAAGUUGUGGAGGGAGCAAGUUCUCCAGCUUCCACAGGGAGUUUCUGUUUGCCUAUCACGCCUACACUGUUCCCUGGGAGUCUGGUGGGCUUGUGGCACGGAUGAGGGGCUCUACAGGUUUGGGCUGAAGGCAAGGCACUUCCUCCUCUGGUAGGGUGGGCUCCUCAAACCUGACAGUGGUCACUUUGAGGGUUCCUUGUGGACUUACCAGCUGUAGGCGAGAAGUGGCUGAUUCUGCCUUGUGUGGCCACAGGUCCUGCAGGUAUACCUGUCUCUGGGCAAUGGCUCGCUUGGUCAGUGCCCCUGGGGAGACCCGUCUGUUCAAGAACUUGUCAUUUUCCCUGCUCUAGGGUCUCCAAGGUGAGAGGGCAAUCCCAUGGACCCAGAACCCAGGAGAACCUUCAGGCUCAGCACUGGUCAUGCUCCAGCUAGAGCCUCCUCUUAUCCCUGGCAACAAACUGCCCCUAGUAACUGGGCCAAGGAGGCCACUUCCCCCGUGGCCACCCCGAGGCUGGGGUCCAUCCCUCUGAGGUUAGGUAGAGCGCAGCCCCAGGAAGGGAGUCCCCUGCAGACAGGAGCCCAGCCUCCCCCGCCACUCUGUCCCUGCUGACCCCUCCUUGGUAACCUAUAGCACACCAAGGCUGGCUGGCUAACAAACAAACAAACAAAACCCUAACAAGACCGAAGGAAACAUGAAACCAGUCAGACCAACAGAUUCAGACCAGAAAAUCCCCAUUAAAAUUGUUUGAGUCCCAUACUUGCUGGAUAGGGGCAGGGGUCCAGGCCUGAAUCCUUCAUAAACCCUCUUGAAUACACUGCAGGAAUGCAUUAACCGAUGUCACUUAGCUUGGGGCCUAAAUAAACUGGAUCCAACUUCUCAGGCUGGACUUCUUCCAGCUUCGGUUCACCUCCCAGCAUCCCUCCCUACAGAGAACUGGGGAAGACGGGGGAAAUGCGAGGGCUUCGGAGGGAAAUACCCUCUCCCCAGGCCCAGGUCGCUCCAUCCCUGCUGGGGCCUCAGAGCUCAUGUCUGGGAUUUCCCCACCUUCGCGGGGCAGGAGCGGCUCCCCUUGGGCGGGGAAGGAGGCAGUGCCGGCUCGUCUCCCCUUUCCCCUCUCCCGGCCGGAGGAGCAGGAAGCGGCUGCUCCUUGGGCCACCCAGGCAGCAGCCCCAGCGAGGAGUGCGCGGCGCGGAGACAGAGAAGGGCCAGGCGGCCGCACCGACCCCAUGGCCGCCGACCCCACGGAGCAGCGGCUGGGCAGCCUCCCCGUCUUCACUCGCGGCGACUUCGAGAGCGACUGGCGCCUAGUGGCCAGCGGCGGCUUCAGCCGGGUGUUCCAGGCGCGGCACAGGCGCUGGCCGACAGAGUGCUCCAUCAACUGUCCCUGCCUCCCGCCCGACGCCACUAGCUCUGAUGUGAAUUACCUCAUUGAAGAAGCUGCCAAAAUGGAGAAGAUCAAGUUUCAGCACAUUGUGUCCAUCUACAGGGUGUGCAAGCAGCCCCUGGGUAUUGUGAUGGAGUUCAUGGCCAAUGGCUCCCUGGAGAAGAUGCUGCCCAUCCACAGCCUCUGCUGGAAGCUCAGGUUCCACAUCAUCCAUGAGACCAGCUUGACCAUGAACUUCCUGCACAGCAUUAAGCCGCCUCUGCUCCACCUGGACCUCAGGCCAGGCAACAUCCUUCUGGACAGCAACAUGCAUGUCAAAACUCCAGACUUCGGCCUGUCCAAGUGGAUGGAACAGUCCACCCGGAUGCAGUACAUCGAGAGGUCGGCUCUGCGGGGCACGCUCAGCUAUCCCCCCGAGAUACUCCUGGAGAGUAACAAGGUCCCGGGGCCCAAACAUGAUGUGUACGGCUUUGCGAUUAUCAUCUGGGAGCUCCUCACUCAGAAGAAACCAUACUCAGGGUUCAACAUGAUGAUGAUUAUUAUCCGAGUGACGGCAGGCAUGCGGCCCUCCCUACAGCCUGUCUCUGACCAAUGGCCAAGCGAGGCCCAGCAGAUGGUGGACCUGAUGAAAUGCUGCUGGGACCAGGACCCCAAGAAGAGGCCAUGCUUUUUAGACAUUACCAUUAAGACAGACAUACUGCUGUCACCGCUGCAGAGUCCUGUGGUUGUCCCAGAGAGCGAGGCCCUGGCCAGGAAGGUGUCUUGCAAGCUGUUGCUAUGCCAGCCCCGGGAGGUGAGUGAGGACAUCAGCCAGGAACUGUUGGACAGCGACUCAGGAAACGACCUGAAGUGGACCUUUCAGCUCUCCGACCGUGAGAAUUUGGUCCCAAGAGAUGAGGAACUGUGCAUCUAUGAGAACAAGGUCACCCCCCUCCACUUCCUGGUGGACCAGGGCAGUGUGGAGCAGGUGAGGUUGCUGCUGGCCCAUGAGGUAGACGUGGACUGCCAGGCGGCCUCUGGAUACACGCCCCUCCUGAUCGCCGCCCAGGACCAGCGACCCGACCUCUGUGCCCUGCUUUUGGCACAUGGUGCCGAUGCCAACCUAGUGGAUGAGGAUGGUUGGGCCUCGCUGCACUUUGCAGCCCAGAAUGGGGAUGACCUCACUGCGUGCCUGCUCCUGGACCACGGGGCCUGUGUGGAUGCCUAGGAACAUGAGGGAUGGACCCCUCUUCACCUGUCUGCACAGAAUGACUUUGAGAAUGUGGCACAGCUUCUGGUCUCCCAUCAGGCUGACCCCAACCUGCAUGAGGCUGAGGGCAAGACCCCUCUCCACGUGGCCGCCUACUUUGGCCAUGUGAGCCUGGUCAAGCUGCUGACCAGCCAGGGGGCUGAGUUGGAUGCUCAGCAGAGAAGCCUGAGAACACCACUGCACCUGGCAGUAGAGCGGGGCACAGUGAGGGCCAUCCAACACCUGCUGAAGAGUGGAGGCCCCGAUGCCCUUGACCAGAGCGGCUACAGCCCACUGCACACUGCGGCUGGCAGAGGCAAAUACCUGAUCUGCAAGAGGCUGCUCAGGUACGGAGCCAGCCUUGAGCUGCCCACCCACCAGGGCUGGACACCGCAUCUAGCGGCCUACAAGGGCCACCUGGAGAUCAUCCAUCUGCUGGCAGAGAGCCACACAAACAUGGGUGCUCUCGGAGCUAUGAACUGGACUCCCCUGCACCUAGCUGCACGCCACAGGGAGGAGGCGGUGGUGUCGGCACUGCUGCAGGGCGGGGCUGACCUCAAUGCUGCAGGGCAGUCAGGCUGGACACCCCUCCACCUGGCGGUCCAGAGGGGCACCUUCCUGAGUGUCAUCAACCUCCUGGAACAUCACGCGAAUGUCCACACCCGCAACAAGGUGGGCUGGACACCUGCCCACCUGGCCGCCCUCAAGGGCAACACAGUCAUCCUCAAAGUGCUGGUCAAGGCAGGCGCCCAGCUGGACGUCCAGGAUGGAGUAGGCUGCACACCCCUGCAACUGGCCCUCCACAGCCGAAAGCGGGGCAUCAUGUCCUUCCUAGAGGACAAGGAGCUGUCAGUGGCCACUCUGGGUGGUGCUGAGCCAGGAGCCCAGACAGAAAUUUAGACAACUUGGCCAGGCGUGGUGGCUCACGCCUAUAAUCCCAGCACUUUGGGAGGCUGAGGCAGGCAGAUCACGUGAGAUCAAGAGUUUGA